ACACAUUUCCUCUGCUAAGUGGGUCCCUUUGCAUAGAGACCUUUUCCCUACAGACAACUGCCCAGGGCGUGUUGAGCACUUCCUCCUCUAUCACAGGGAGAGGCUAUCCAUCUCUACAUGGCAUCCGUGUUCUUAGCCUGCUGUGGAUUAUGUGUGGCCACUCUGCACAGUACCCUAUAAUUGCCAGCAUUGAUAAUUAUAAGAAUUGGAAGAAAGCUUUUGAAAGCAGUCCCUUGUAUGUGUUUAGUCUCAGUGGACCUGUCUUUCUGGCAGUGGACACAUUUCUGUUGUUAGGAGGUCUACUAAGUGCCAGGUCUUUGCUGAGCUCCAUCCAAAGGGCUGAUGACACACUAAGUGUCAGUGUUGUGACCCACUACCUCUUCAGCAGAAUCAAAAGGAUUCAGCCUCUGCAUAUAUUUAUAACAUGUGUUACUAUUGGCCUUAUGUCAGUGAUUCAUUGGGGACCUUACUGGUUUCCAUUUGUAAACACAAUAAUGGACUGUAAGUCAUACUGGUGGGCUAACUUACUACUGAUCAGCAACCUUUUGCCUGAUCAUGAAAUUUGUGCUCCUUGGACAUGGUACCUGUCCCUGGACUUUCAGUGCUAUACAACCACUCCUCUAUUGGUCUUCCUUUAUAGACUAAACAAAAGUGUGUUCGGAAUAGUGGCAGGUGGGCUCCUGUUGUUGACAACUGUGACAAGUUCAGUAAUAACUGCACUCUGGCAUCUUCCAGUUUUUCACACAACAAUAAUGACAUCUGAAAAAUACGUAUUUUAUUAUUUAAGGCCAUACACAAGAUAUGGUCCGUUUUUGAUAGGAAUUGUGGCAGGAAUCUUUCUGACUACUAAAAAAGGUUCAUUUCUUAAUCAAAAGUGGAAAGCAGUAGUUGGCUGGCUAUGCUGUUUUAGUGGCUUGGCCCUGUUGGUUGGACUCUCAUACAUCCUGAGAGAGGCCCCUUCUCACCCUUCUGUACCACAUGCUCUUUACCAAGGACUGCACAGGCCUUUGUGGGCAUUGGCUAUCACCUGGAUUAUACUGGCAUGUGAGGGGGGCUAUGGAGGUGUUGUAAAUACUUUACUAUCAUCACGGUUUUGGAUGCCAUUUUCCAAUAUUAGCUUUGCAUGCUACCUGACGCAUCCACUCCUCAUCAUCAUUUAUAUUGGCUUACAGGAAACACCAAUCCACUACUCAGACAUUAAUUUUAUGUACCUGUUUCUUGGCAAUGUGGCGCUUACUCUAGUGGUUGCAUAUGUGUUAUGUGUGCUGGUAGAAAAACCAUAUGUUCUUUUGAAGACCAUAAAUACACGGAAACAAGCAACAACUUAAUUCCAAACUAUAGUGUUUUGUGAUCUAAUGAGAUAUUAAAUUACUUG